UAUAGUAAAUACUCUCUCCUGAAAAAAACCAAAAAAGAUGAAUAAGUUUGCUUGUUACGGUAAGAAAUUGCAACAUCUUUGUAGUUGCUCUUGGCAACUUACUAGGUUCUUCAUCUAUUGUUGCUACCGUGAUCUUCUCUUUACAAUUAACCCAUUCUUGACAUAUAUUCUCUACUUCAUCUCUCUUUCCUCAGUGGGUUUUGGGGUUCUUAAGGCUUUGAAGCCAAGAACCUCGUUUACACCGAGGAACAUAGAUUUGUUUUUCACUUCAGUUUCAUCCGCCACUGUCUCAAGCAUGUCCACAGUGGAAAUGGAGGUCUUCUCCAACGCACAACUUAUAGUUAUGACCGUACUGAUGUUUGUAGGGGGUGAGGUAUUCACUUCCAUGGUUGGACUUCACUUAAAGAGGUUCAAGAUUAUUAGAACAUGGAAGAGCCAAGUAAAAGUUGAGUCUGUGGAAAGUGAUCCUAGAUCACCACCACCCAUUGAUCCUUCUGAUCAAAUGGAGUUGAAUGUUGUGACGGUACCUGAACGGGGACUAGCCCGGUUUGAGUCACAACAGGACGUUUUUUCUUCAUACAAUCCAUUUCUCAAGUGUGAUUCUAUUAAAUUCUUGGGUUUUCUAGUUUUAGGCUAUCUCGUAGUAAUUCACAUUCUUGGUGUUACAUCUAUUCUAGUCUAUCUAGCCCUGGUUUCAAGUGCAAAUGACGUAGUGAAAAACAAGGGUAUCAAAACCUUUACAUUCGCCAUUUUCACAAUAGUUUCAACCUUUGCUAGCUGUGGUUUUGUUCCGACAAAUGAAAACAUGAUAGUGUUUGGCAAGAAUUCAGGUCUGCUAUGGAUACUCAUCCCGCAAGUGCUGUUUGGGAACACAUUGUUCCCUUCCUGUUUGAGGCUCCUAAUAUGGGUGGUCGGGAAGAAUAUAAAGAAGGUAGAGGCCAAUUAUUUGCUCAACCAUACAACAGAAGCAGGAUACAUGCACUUGCUCCCUCGCCUGCAUUCUGUGUUACUGGCAGCUACAGUCUUGGGAUUUAUUUUGCUUGGGUUCAUUAUAUUCUGCUCUCUGGAAUGGAAUUCAGCAGCCUUAAGUGGACUGAAUACCUACCAGAAAGUCGUCGGCAUCCUUUUCCAGUGUGUGAAUGCUAGGCAUACCGGUGAAACUAUAGUCGAUAUCUCAACAAUUGCCCCAGCCAUAUUGGUAUUCUUCGUGGUCAUGAUGUACCUUCCUCCAUAUACCUCAUUUCUACCUAUCAAGAGGGAUGAACAAAGCCAACUAGAGUCUGAAGGAAAGAAGAAACGGAGAACGUUCGCAGAUAACCUCAUAUUUUCACAGCUUUCUUAUCUUGCAAUCUUCGUUAUUCUAAUAUGCAUCACCGAGAGGAAACGCAUGAAAGAAGAUCCUAUCAACUUCAGCGUGUUGAAUAUCAUAGUCGAAGUUGUAAGCGCAUAUGGAAAUGUGGGUUUCACAACUGGCUACAGUUGUGAGCGUCAGCUAAGGCCAGAUCCGAAUUGUGUUAACAAAUGGUAUGGAUUUUCUGGAAAAUGGAGUGAUGAGGGCAAAGUAAUCCUCAUCAUCGUCAUGUUUUUUGGUAGGCUCAAGAAGUUCAACAUGAAUGGAGGUCGAGCAUGGAAGCUCUUGUAAGCAAAAUAUGAUAUCCGCCUAUCCUCCAAUAACAAGGCCUGCAGUCAUAUAAUUUGUAGUGAUUAGUGUACAAAGCCACCUUUAAAUUUCGCUUCACUCUUUCUCCCUCUAAUGGAGAUGUCUCAGAAGUGUCUGCUACUAGUAAAUAGUUCAAUAUGAAUCACAAUGUUAAGUACCUAAACGCCUGAAUUUUCAACCUAGCAGGAUGGUUUAUAACUCUAGAUACCUGGCGAUAUAGGAAUACAACACUCAUAUUUCAAUCUUGAAGCAGAUAAUAUCUUGAACAGUGUUCAAUAAAGAAAUACACUCAGGCUGAAAUGGUUCUUGACAGCAAUAUUAAAGCACAAACAAGAUCCUGUACUUAUUUUUCAUUUAGGAAACCUGACAAGGAGCACCAUAUUAAACCACCAUGAUUACUGUUUGGCGCAGUAACAAGAUUCUCACACAUUUAUUUUUAUAUGUUUACUUCAUGAUUUGAUGUGAAUCAGUAUCGGAGUUAUUGGAAGGUUAAAUUGUAUCUCUUCCUUGUUAUGCUAUAACAAACAAAGAAAAUACAAAAUCAGAAGACUACUCUGCAAAUUAACCCCUUGUGAGGGAGAAAAGAAUCUCCGCAGGCUACAUCCAGAAGAACAAGAGGAGUCACUCCUUGUAAGAUAAAAAUAUCCAGACAGUCGAUCAAAGUGUGUUUUCUGUACUUUGUGUAGACCAGCAGUAAUUUGAAAAUCUUGAAGCAGUUCUUAAGAUGUGAAGAUUAUCAAACAACAAGAAUUGUCAGAAUCUAAUCUUGUGCACCAAAGCUAAGGGAUAACAGUACACAACACAAUAUUCUGUGUUUGAGUCUUUCUAAAGGGUUUAUAAAGAAUAGAAGUGUAAUGGUGCCAUAGCAUGGUAUUAUUCAACAAAAAUUACCCUCUUCUCCUUGGACGCUGUCAUACAUAUCUUACGCAACUUCAGAAAGAUUCUACUUAAGGUGAUAAUCCUUCGUUGCCAUGUUUUGUCUAAACAGAACCAGUUGCAAAAAUGUAACAGUAUAAAAUUAACUUAACCAUCCAAUAUAAAAAUUGAGAAACUGUUGAAAAGGAUCAGAACGUUCGGGAUUCUUGAAGCUCUCAUGUUUAGUUGAUUAAUCAACUUAAUUCAAACAAGUCAUCUCAACUGCCCACUAACCUUGUCAAAUUCAACCUAGGAAAACAAGUAAAAGAGAAAAGGAUUCAUGCAACCAAGAGGAUUCUAGUACUUUCACCAAGGAAUAGAAACUCCAACAAGAGCCAAAACAUGAUAACCUUUUGAAUUCGCAAAACUAAUGAUCAAUGCUAAUAGUCCUCAUCAACAACUCAAUAAUGACGAGACUAAGUGCAUUGUCAGCUUAAAAUUCAUCACAAUUCCCAGUAACAAUAUCUAAUUCCACUGCUUAAUUGACAUCUGACACUUAUUAUCCAUCUCAUGAUGGAGUAGUGCUCUAUACCAUAAACCAAUUUCAUAACCCAACAAUCAGCCCAUGAUGCCUAAAACAUUCAGUAGUUUGCAAACAUAGUAAACUAUAUUUAAUCUUCCCAAAUACAACCAACCAUAUUCCCAUUUUUCAACUACUUGUCUCAAAUGAUUAUGGAAACAGCUCCUCGUUAUUGUAUUUUUAUGUACACGUACAUGCAUUUGUUUAUAAUUAUUUAACUUAUUACAUUAAUAUAAAAAUACAUAUGUAUAUCUUUUAAUCGUCACACUAACAUAUACAACAACAGAUAUAAUACAAAUGUUUGGUACGAACUUCUAACUGAUAAAAAAUGAAUGAAAACACACACCUAAUUC